AUGAGACUCAUUUCGUAUUUAGUUGUGGCCCUGGCCUUUGGGACGAAAUACGUAAUAGGUCAAUCAGAAUAUCAGUAUGUUAUUGCGGGUAGCGGGGCUGGAGGAGGGCCGUUAGCUGUGGAAAUAGCGAAGGCCGGUUAUUCAGUACUUCUCUUAGAAGCCGGAUCGGACCUCUCCGAAGAUCCAUUGUAUCAAGAUCCAGAUAAAGCUACGGAGGCGGCUAACGAUCCUCGAACAAGGUGGGAUUAUUUCGUGAAACACUCCGCUGAUACGGAGAGGGAGCAGAAAUAUGAGCAUACGACCUGGCGUACCACCAAUGGCUCUUUAUAUGUUGGACUAGAUCCUCCCACGGGGGCCGAGCACCUCGGUAUCUUUUAUCCAAGAGCAGCAACUCUGGGUGGAUGUGCCAUGAACAACGCCGCCGUUCUCCACAUGCCGAGUGACGAUAAUUGGAAUUAUAUAGCUAAUAUCACCGGCGAUGACUCGUGGAAGGCUUCUGAAAUGAGAAAGAUUUAUGAAGAGAUCGAGAAUUGUAAUUAUUUGCCGAAAGGUUCGGCAGGCCACGGAUUUUCAGGGUGGCUUCAGACCAACCAAGACGACGGUUCUUGGUUGAACAAUGCUACCGACGGUGCUACAGUCCUGAAAGCCAUAGCGGAAUUAACUGGCUCGAUAGGAAACAAGACUGGAUCCGCAGUAUCAAAUGCUGAACUGAAAGCACUGUUAAAUAGAGACAUCAAUGGAGUCGAACCGAACCGCGACCAGAUGACAGGCAUUUUCGCUAUGGCUACUCAUACUGAUUCGGUUGGUCGGCGUUUCAGUCCAGCGAAUUAUAUUAAGAAGGCGUUUGAGGAGAAUCCGGACCUUCCACUAACAGUCCAGCUUAACGCGUUUCUCACAAAGAUCGCGUGGGAUCAGCUACAAGGUGACCCCGCCGUUAUGUCGGUAGACUACGUCGUCGGUCCCAGCGCGUACAAAGCUGACCCUCGGUAUGACCCGAGCCGAAACACCACCACUGGCUUUAGCUGGGUCGGUAAAGAAUUGAUCAUCUCCGCAGGAGCCUUUAAUACUCCUCAAAUUUUGAAACUUAGUGGUAUUGGCCCGGCGGACGAACUCAACAAGCACAACAUCACCGUGGUAGCAGACGUCCCGGGUGUUGGCGAGAAUCUUAGGGAUAAUUACGAAGGCGGCGUCUUGUCUCUCGCGUCAAAGCCGUUUAAGGGUUUCGGUAAACCCUAUGCGGUGCAGUUGAAAACAUCUGCUUCAGCACGGAAUCGUGACAUAUUUCUGUGGCCGAUAAACUCAGCAUUUGAAGGCUUCUGGCCGGGGUAUCCCUCGAAUCGUGGUCCGAGCGCGUUUACUCUUCCGUUCGUCCUUAUGGAUUCGCGUAGCUCAAAUCGGGGCACGGUCACCCUACGCUCGACGGAUCCAUUUGAACAACCCGAAAUAAACUUUCGAUUCUUCGAAGGGGAUAGCGAAGAGGACUUGCAAGCUAUGCUCGAGGCUGUCAAAUUCGGCCAGAAAAUCAUGGGCUUGCUCCCAGACAGCUCCGGACUGACCCCUUUUGAGGAACUUCAUCCUUGCACAAGUGAAGCUAAAUGCACUGACCAAGAUAUUAAGGAGUAUCUUAAGCUGCAGACUUAUUCACGCCAUGCGACCGGAACAUGCGCAAUUGGCAGUGUAUUAGACUCGAGAUUUCGCGUUAAGGGAGUAAACCGCCUUCGUGUGGUCGACGCAUCAGUCUUUCCUAAACCCCCUGGGGCAUUCCCUAUUCUCCCUACGUUCAUGAUAUCGAAGAAGGCAGCCAAAGUCAUACUGGAGGAUGCCGAUGGGAUGAGCUGAAUAGAAGAAGGAUCUGUAUUUCCCCACGUGGAGAGGGAGUGAAUUAAAAACCCAAUCUUGUGUGACGUCUUAGACAAUUACCAUUUAAUGCAAGAUUGCCGUCGUUGAUGUUCAAUGAAGUCAGAGCAUCCUUGACACUGUGACUGUUGAAGUGACAGCCUUCGCCAAAGAGCAGACGGGGAGGAUAGUCUCGUCUGUUGGCGGAAGACGUUGCUCGACGUCUCGGUAGCCAUAACUGGUG